AUGUUUUCCUAUUCGUUCUUGCCGGAAGAGCUGAAGAAUUGCAUUGUUAAAUCGAUUCAUUUAAAUGACACCUCUCAAGCAUUUCGGGCCAGUAAAAGCUUAGAGCGGAAAAUCCUCAAAUACGGCCCGUUUCCGCGGAGAAUCUCGGAACUAAAUCUCAGGUUCUUGUAUUCCGACUGUCGAAACGAUCAUGCUAAGACUCUCGAUGAUCUGGUCUUCAACAUUGAAAUGAGCGAUGGCGAAAUCGAAUUUGAAGUCUCCGGCCACAACGUCACUUUGAUAAGCAAAGACAAGAAAAUCCCGUUGAAUGUAAAAGGAAAAACUUUCUGGGCUCUUCUGAAUAAUAAAAUCACUUCGUUGGAAUCUUGCACGAUCAGCAUUUGGGGUUCUCCGGUUGCUCUUGUCAGAAGAUUCGUCGAGAAUCUCUUUCAGGACAAUGAGUUCUUGCCGAAAGCAGACUAUCUAUUCAGAUUUCAUCUUGACACCAAUUUGAAGUUGGCGAAGAUUAUCCUUGCUCGUUUUCACGUCACUAUUCGAGAUUUAUUGGCACUUAAAAUCUUUCAGUUCUCUUUCAAAGAAAAAGAAGCCAAUGAGUUUUUGGAAGACCUCAUCAAAAGGCCAACCUUACAAGACUGCUAUUCAAUUGCUUGGGAAAAUGGGUGCUGGGAAAAUGGGUUGCUGCCGGGAGCCUCUAUUUUCCAGGCCCCAGGAAAAUUGCUCUGUUUCCGUUACGACGAUUGGUUUGAAUUCAUGCACCUAAUCCAGCAAGUGUUCUUCCAAGAAAACCCCAUAGCCAGCGAUGAGAAAUGCUAUCUGGUGAACUUGCCUAGAUUGAUUGACGAGGAUAUCAAUUGGAACUGGAAGCAUCGGGAAAUGUUCGACUGGGAGCAAGGGUGUGAGGAGUUGAGAGACGAUUCGGAGGAGGCCGCUCUCAUGCGAGAAGCAGUGAAAGAAGUGGAGAAAGAGCUGGAAACAAGCGGUUCAUCAUAUGAGGGCUACUACAAGAAACGAUUCGUGAACAACGAGGCCAUUUAUUUUAUCACGUGCUCCGAGAAAGAAUUUUUGCGGCAAGAUUCGGCAUUCGACGAUCUCGACCACUAUCCUUAUGGGUCACGGAACACUCGACCGAACACCUCAAUGCGAGCUGGAACUCGAUUGACCGACUCAAAUAGGUAUGAUCCAGUCACUUCUACCUUCUCCAUUCUCCAUUACGGGCCACCCCAGCCGCUAUUCCGGUCGACUAAAUCAUCUAAA